AACCUACUCUGUCCAUAACUAUGAAACUAAAGUGGUGGUUAAUUUAGAUGUAUUGAUUUGUGAAAAUUCAAAAGGAUAUUUCCCUGUAAUAAUUUAAUACAAUUAUGUGUAUUAUGCCUGACUUUCGGCUGAAUAUGUUUGCUUUGUUAAAGUUAAAAUGAUGCUGAUCCAUUUGAUCUUUUUUGUGCCUUUAACCUUUUUUACUAAUAUACUAGCCUUAAGCAGUGGAUGUCGAAGACCGGAUGGUGUCCCUUGUUGCUAUAAUGAAUAUUUUGACGUGGAGAACAAAACUUGUAGAGAAUGCAGUCCCGGGAAAAUAGGCUGGGGAUGUAAAGAACCUUGUAAAGAGGGAUAUUAUGGACAUUUGUGUCGAUUGGCCUGCACGUGUAAAUCUAUUUAUUGUGACCCAGUGUUUGGAUGCUUGUCAACAACCUCUAAUGGAGGCACUGCACUCUUAGCCCCCAAAGAGUACAAUUUGGAGAGAAUCAGUCACUCUAUUUCACCUUAUUCAACAAGAAAGCAUGGAAUGCGUUUGUCUACAAAAGACAAGUCAACCGUAGAAUCAUCGACUAUGGAGAUAUCUUUGGAGAAAGGGGCAACAGAUCAUAAGCAUGAAAAUACCAAUAUGUCAUCAGUAACAGAGAAGCAUAAAACAAUCAUUGAAAGAAGCAAACUACGAGCAAACACAAGCACAGAUUCAAAAGUUCUAAUCUUAUCCAUGAGAGUAACGUCUUGGCCACAUGUUUCAGAAGAAAAUCCUCAACGUUAUACUGUGAAUAGAGAAUACAAUGAAAAGGAGUUACAGCAGAUAUCUAGUCAUCUACGGUUGAUAACCAUCUCCUUGUUUAUGAUAGUUGGCUGUGUCGUCAUUCUAAUUCCUCUACUAAUGUAUUACACAAUGAAGCGUACCAGAAGAACGGAAUUUCCUAUCGGAUUAAAGAAGGUGUGCACACACAACAUGAAUACUCUUCAUCUUACCGGAACAUUAGACCGAGGAUAUACUCCACUGUCACACCGGGAACGUUGGGUUAGGAGUGGGCGAACGUCCGUCUUUAGUACGCCACAAAGGAACGGCAGACAAUCUGACUAUAGUACACCACAAAGGAACGGCAGACAGUCCGACUACAGUACACCACAAAAUCUUGAACAAUAUACAAACUCUCUCUAAUCUGAUGCUUUGAAUGUCCGACAUGAAAAAACUAGCAUAUAUUAAUGGACAUAAUAUGACUUAAAAUACGUGGCUCAAAUAUUGGUCUCCUUGGUAUUGUCUGGAAGUCAUUCUCUCUGAACACUGCACCAUUUAUAACUAUUCUUAUUCUGAAAUCCUAUAAAAUAUAAAUUCUGAUUUAUUGAUAUUUGGUGAACUUCCCUUGAGAGCAUGAGAAAUCACCAAUCUCGGGUAAAGUUUUAUAUUUAGAUUAAGGUUGCAAUUAACAGUAGAGAUGUUUAAUUGUGACAUCGCUCACAUUGAUAUAUUACCAGAAAACAGAAAACGUUAAUAGUUGUUCAGCAACAAAACUGUAUGAUAAUCGUGAGGACCUCAAUGUUUCAUUCGUCAAAUUUCCUUCAUAUGUUGUUAUAUGCCAUAAUCAUCUGUAUAUUUAAUUUUAUCUCACAGAUAACACGAUAUAACUAAGCAUGUUCUUCACACAAACAUUUUUUAACAUUUGGUCAAAAGAAUGACAUUUUUAGCAAAUAUAAUAUAUCAUCAGUUGAAUGCUGACUUGGCUUUUUUUAAGCUGUUAGAGCAUUGUAUAAAUACCGAUUUUCCCUCUGCCCAUUUAUGCAUGAAUUGGAGCAUACGGCCUAUGUGAACAGCUGGCAGGAGAUGUGUAUCAUCCAUGGCAUCUGGUUUAAUCUCUAAUGAUAACGAGGCGUUUGUUUGCUCUGCUCUCGAAUCUGAAUUUGAAGUCAUCUGUACUGGACUGAUAUCAAAUCCUGUGAUGCUCUUAGGGUUCACGUACCAGCUAAAGGUUUAUUUC